AAUAUGGAACUCAAGCGGACAAUAGAAGUGUAUAGUGGCAAAGAAAAAUAUAAAACCGACCAUGAUUCUAAUUAUUUUUGGAAGAUUUUAAUUUUGGUAGUACUCGUCGCUUUAAUAUUGAUAAUUCUAUUUACAUUAUGUUACUGCUAUAUAUUUGGAAAAAUCAUUUCUUCUUGCAAAAGGUUUGAUACUGUUUUAUUUACGCGUAUACGAUAUAAAUUUCUUUGAUCAUACUUAUAUCCGUAUUCAGUUCUUGGUUCUUGGUACAAUGCUAAACUUACGUUAACAAAGGUGUCUUACACGGCGAAAUAAGAAAAGUAAUAUCGAUGAUAAUUUUUUUAUAAUGGAAGAAACUGGCAGCGAUACUAGUGCGAAACGACGGUUCUUAUGGCCUAAUGCGUGUAACAUUUCAACAUUUUGCGGAAAUAAGUAUUGCAAAUUAAAGACCAUUUUACCGGUAUUAUCGUCAACUUUAAAAUAUAAUUAAUUCCGAUUAUUCAGUGUUUAUUAAGCUAUUUAUUUGCGUACGUUUACGAUUAGGAAAAGAAACAGUUGCUCGCGUCUUGUGAAAAUAAAACUGUAACUUCCUGUUACGAUACUUCCAAUAAUAAUGUAGAUUUGACAAAGCGAUUGUCAUUGAAAAUGUCUUUCUCAUCUUUUUCAUCGCAUGUUACUAAGAGCAAAGGUAUGCAUAGUCAAACAUUAAAUAAAUGGGAUAUCAAAGACUUGGAAAAUUAUGAAUGCAACGAACAUAAAACUCGGAAUAUAAAACAUUUUACUCGAAACUCGCGCAAGAUUGACAAAGAUAUUUGCUUUUCUGACACAGACCUGCAGUUUCUAAUAAUACCGAUAUCUUCGAACAAGUCUAAUGUAAUAAAACAUGACGGUAAAGUAGAAUUAUGUAAAUGGAAUUCAGAAGAUAUUAAUGAUUUUUACGAUGAACGAAAUAAUACCAGUUCCAAAUUGUUAGAGUUCAAGUUUCAUAAUACAGAUUCGUACAGCGAUAACACACAAACACAUGAAAUUUCUAAUUCUAAAUCAAAUUGUUCACCUCGUUCUUUCGUAUCCAAAAACUUGGCAUCCGAUUCAAAAUACUUGACAGAUUCUGCUGCAAAUAGGUUUGAUAAUUUACCCAAUAUAUACCUUACAAAACUACAAAGGUUAACUAAUUCCUCUGCUAGUUCUACGGUACCAGACAUAUCUAGCAUAAAUGAAAUCAAAACUGAGCAUCCACGAGCUGAUACAUCGAAUAUAAAAAGUGAUCGACUAGUAUCACACAUAAAAUUCGAAAAAAAUAAUUCCAAGUAUUUCCCAACGAAUAGAGAUAAUAUAACUGCAAUAGUCGAACUGAAUGUAAUAAAAUCAAAGAUAAGAUUAGAUGGGUAUGUUGGACAGUUUGAAAAAAUGAAGAGAACAAAGUCAUCCAUGGAUAUACGAUUGAAUCACUUUAAAGAGAACUGGCCAAGCAUAGAAGAUCAAUUGGAAAAUUCCCGAAGGAAAUCUAAAUCGGACGAAAAUUUUAUUCAUAAGAAUGCGUUAUAUGGAACGAGAAACGACAAUACUAAAUAUUAUUUUGUUUCUCAAGAUAUUUCUUCGGAACCCGAAAAGAUAGUUUAUAAUAAUCAAGGUGUUUAUGAAUCAGCGACAUUCAAUUCAGAGGCAAGUGAAAUUUGCGAUGAAUUAGGAAUACUGUUUUCCCGAUAUAUUAAACUUGAAGCUCAACCGUGUGUAAGGAAGUAUUGUCCUAUAUCGCGACGUUUAAAACAACGGGCUCGACACAGUAUAAAAAAAUGUCAAACGAAAUCCAAUUACCAUCAAAUAUAUCCUUACGAUCAAAGACCGGCGUGUAAUAGCGGAAACGUAUGCGCAGACACAUACGACGAAUUAAAAUUAAUGCAUACCUCGCCAUUGGAGAGAACAAAUAUUUACCGAUGCAUGUUCAAUAGAAGAAAACGGUUCUUAAAUCAGCCGUGUACCUUGUCCAAUCAAAAUUUGCCAGGAUCUAUAUAAUAGCGUAACAGAAUCCAAUACCCGUCUCAGAUUAUUUUCUUUCAAAACAUAUAUUUUAAUCGUUUUACUUAUAAUUUUAUAUUGUAAUGGUAUAAUAAAUAAUUAAGUAAAUAAAACGU